AUGUCGCGCAAACAGAGGCGAAUGGGCCGGAGGCCAAGUUCGAAGACGCUUUAUGGAAGCCUGCACAUCUGGGAGUACGAGCGAGACGAUAAUACGGCCAAGACAAACAAUCAUCGCCGUGGUCCUUGCUCGACUACCGUAAGUCGUCGUGAUAGACCAUUGAUCCGAGAAAAAAAAGAAGACAGCAAGCAAACAACAAAUGUAGCAUUGGAUGAGAUACUCCGAUCCCGCUCUAGACUCCAAACCACGACGGAUGCAAUGCGCAUCGUGACACAUGAUGUACAAUUCGCCGUCAUUCACAUACCCUUUGCCAUGGGCCGCAGCUUUAUACACGAUCUUCGGACCUCGAUUUACUCUAUCCUAUCACAGUCCGGUUCGACUGUAACAGACGGAUAUAUAGCUUUCAUGGCGCUCGUAGCGCAUUGCCAAGCUGCCCGUCUAUGCUGGUCCACCCCCGAUUUAUGUCGGGGUGCAAAGGCUUUGCAAUGUCUUCGGAAUAUAAAACCAGCGAAACCGCAGGACGCAAUCGGAAUCUUACUUCUCGGUCAAAUUCUUUUUGUAUUUGAGAUUCUCACCGACAAGUUCACAUCCUCGGCACAUUCUAUUGUCCAGAGUGCACUCAUCUCAGCUCGUCAGUGGUAUCCGUUGUUGUUGCAAGAACCUAAAUUCGAUACUAUGACCAUAUGUCCGAUUUUUAUGGAUACAGUAUGCUGCCUGGCAUACCGGAAAGUGCCUAUUAUCCGCUUUCCCAUUCAACAUCGAAUGAUUGUUGAUCGCUAUAUAGGUGUGAGCUCCACACUUUUGCCUCUUUUAUAUGACCUUUGUGAGAUAAGCUAUGUUGCAAAGUCCACAAUGACUGGAACCAUCUCUCCAAACUCCACAGCGACGACGGAUGAAGACCAUGCUGAAGACUGCUAUUCGGCAAUAGAAAAGAGUAUUGAAAGUUGGACGCCAAUAUUGCCUCCUGAUCUCCUUUCUGCGUACGACAAGACCGAGGUGCAAAUGAUGUUGACACAGGCCAACGUUUACCGACUAGCAGGAUUGCUGGUCAUUCAUCGUUUAAGAUAUCGUCUUGGCGUCCGGGACAGUAUUGCACAGCAUUAUGCCAUGUGCAUCCUUUCUGAAAUCUCAUCUUCUUGUGCUGGAUUGGCACAAGAUGGUGGUGCGGGGGGAUUUCCCAUAAUGUUUCCCGUGUUGAUCUCCAUGUUUGAAGUUGAAGGUCUCGGUGAGGAGCUGUUGGAGAAAAUGAGUGGAUUCAUGAUAUCGAGUGUUUGCAUGUCAAAGCUUCGUGGGUUUGUAAACCAUGUCAGGAUGGCCAAGGAAUCGGGCUUCAACGGGCUGUGGUUCGAUCUGGUGGAAGAACACCUCCAUUAUGCUGUUAUUCCUUAA